AUGGGUAUCGUCGGUAGCAGGCCCGACGAAGGCGCUGCCGUCUACCUGAGGGACCAGAAUCGACUAUCCAUCUCCUCCCUCGUUAUCUCCAACCCCCGCCGGCGCAGUGCCGUGACUGUCGUCCCCAAUGCCUUCCCCGCCACCAGGGUUACGGCUACGCGAGUGUCGGGCGACCAGAGUCCUGUAGAGUUUAUUCAGGAUCCCGAUUCAUCGCUCGCCCCCAACUUCUUGCUCAAGCUCAACAGCGAUGACGAGCUCGUCUUCACCUUCACAUUCGUUAUUCGCCAAGACGGCGCCGGUGCUACAUCCGACUCCCACAUAAAUGGCCUAACCUACGUCUACGCCUCGAACGCCAGAGAGGUCGAAAAUCUGGUUACCCGGGAAUUCCACGCGGACCCCAACCUACACAAGAACGCAAACGUCGAGUUGGUCGGAGACUAUUCCACUGGCGGGAGCCCCUCUGUGACCUUCGAGUGGUCGUGGAGAUGGAAACCGCCAAAGCCUGUAGAAGACCGAGGCGGAGGCUGGAGGAAUGCUUGCAGUUUUGUUGAGUAUGACCAGAGGGCGCACAAGCUGGUCGCUCUGGCCAGCUUUUCAUUUUGGGUUGCCAAUACCUCCGGUGUGCCAAGCCAUCCGAGUUCGCCAUCCCCCGUUUUUCAGCUGGCAGUACCGCCCAAGAUCCGGGUCGCAUCUGCCCAGUCUGUCGACUCAAGGAUUAGCGAAGUGGAGGAACCAGCCUCUCCCUUGGCUUUGCAGCAUGAGCUCACUCCAAUUGCACCUGUCGAGUCAUAUCUCUCACAGCAGGCUAUCAAGGUUGAUGUUGCGUGUCCCAAGCCAGGCGAAGACAUGACGGUUAGUGAUGAUGGGCCCGUCUUCCGUGCUACCAUCAAAGCCCUCGAACAGAAGACGGGCAAUAUGAGGACGCAGAUGAAGCGAGUUCUCAAGAAGGCCGACCAAGCCCACACUGCUCAGGUCGAGGCGAACGAUGCUUUCGUUGCCUUUAUGGAAACCUUACGUGAAGCGGCAAGCACCAACUCUAACGCUGUACAACCGGCACUAGAUCAUUACUUCGACAAGAUCGCUCGAGAGAUUCUGGCAUACGAGAGACAAAACACCACCAACUUGCAGAAGAUCAUCAUUGACCCCAUUAGUAAGCUGUAUACCUAUGACAUCAAGCAGGCCGAAAGUAAGAAGCGGGACUUUGAGGAGGAGAGCAAGGACUACUAUGCUUAUGUCUCGAGGUAUCUGGGCCAGCGGCAGGACUCCGUCAAGACCAAGAAACUGGCCGAUAGCGACAACAAGUACCAGACCAAGCGGCGGAACUUUGAACUGAAACGGUUUGACUAUUCUUCCUUCGUACAGGAUCUACACGGCGGCCGCAAGGAACAAGAGGUUCUGUCACAUCUCACAAAAUACGCCGACGCGCAGGCACGGGGAUUCUUAACAACCGCCAAGAAGAUUGAUGGUCUACUGCCUCAACUGGAGGCAUUAUCCAACCAGGUUCAGGAGGCCGACAAAGAGUUCCAGUAUCAGCGACGUGAGAGGGAGGAGAAGAGGCGCGUGCUCGAGAAGAGCAAUGUUCAGUAUAACGAACCGGAGACUGUGACUUCUACAACGAGCAUGAGCAAUGCCAUUGCCCAAAUCUCGAACGGGAAUCCAUACACCUCCGACUCUGAGCUGGGACGUGCCGAUAGUACUGGGUCCCAACUCAAAGCCGUAAACACAGGCAACUCGGGGCCUGUGAUUACACCGACAUCUGAGCUAUCCAGAUCGCCAGGCAGUUUAGGCCAAGCUACUAUGAGCAGCCCCUCACAGCAUGCCAAGUUCAAAGGCAUCCGGGAUCUUGAAGAGCGAGACCUCUCCCAGAUUGCGAGCCAGGAGAAGAGCUCAGCCCAUCGGAAAGAAGGAUUGCUAUGGGCCCUCAACCGCCCAGGGAGUCAUGUUGACCCGAGAGCACUGACAAAACAGCAAGGAUGGCACAAGUUCUGGGUGGUCCUUGACCAGGGCAAGCUCUCCGAGUAUAGUAACUGGAAACAGAAAUUGGAUCUACACAUGGAUCCGAUCGAUCUGCGUCUGGCUUCGGUCCGCGAGGCGCGAAACGCUGAGCGAAGAUUCUGCUUUGAAGUCAUCACUCCGCAUUACAAACGUGUAUACCAAGCCACCUCGGAUGAAGAUAUGAGCAACUGGAUUACCGCCAUCAACAAUGCCCUGCAAAGUGCUGUAGAGGGUCGUGGUCUCAAGGAUCUACCGUCAACGUCAUCUUCGGUCAGCGACUCGACAAGCUUUAAGCGAGACAUCGGGUCUGUAUUAACAGGCAAGAGUACCUCCCUGAAUCAUGGCCACGGGCACGGAAUUCAAGGUGGUUCAUCCGGCAUUCCAAGCCGGCGUAUAACUGUCGGGGCCCGGCCGGCUCCCCCGCAACGGCCAGCGAGCAGUGCUUUCGAUGAAAGCCCAGAUAAGCUCCUACAAAUGCUGCGGGAUCACGACCAGGGCAAUCUCUGGUGCGCCGACUGUGGCGGCGGAGCCAAGGUUGAAUGGGUCUCGAUCAAUCUGGCGAUUAUUCUUUGCAUCGAAUGCAGUGGUAUACAUCGAUCGCUAGGGACACAUAUCAGCAAGGUUCGGUCGCUCACACUUGACAUCAACUCGUUCACGCCUGAUAUCAUCGAGCUGCUCCUUCUUGUCGGGAACCGAGUCUCCAACAUGGUUUGGGAGGCAAGGCUGGAGCCUGGAGUCAAGCCCAGCCCACAAGCCAGCCGUGAACAACGGCUCAAGUUUAUCACUGCCAAAUAUGUCGACCGAGCCUUCGUAGAGCCAAUCUCUGCGACACUUUCGAGGUACCCCAGCGCAGACGAGACACUGCUUGCUGCCAUCAAGCGCAAUGAGAUCCAGCAAGUCAUAUACGCCUUGGCUUUGAAGGCCAACCCGAAUGCUCUGGACAAGUCUCGUGGUACUCAUGCCGUCUUCCUCGCGCUGGCAGCUGCAGACCCUGCCUCGCCGUCGCCGUCUCCUACGCCUACCCCCACUCCUGGUGGGCGCGCCGACAACGACCACAAAGCCAAGCCCUUUCCGGUUGCCGAGAUGCUGGUCCAGAAUGGCGCAGAAGUGCCUGCAAGCAUGCCCGCAUUCCCGCUGAGCCACAGUGCCCAACAGUACAUUGAACAGAAGAGGGGCCGUACCGCUGCCAUCGAUGCGCCAGGUUCGUCACUGACAACUACGCUCAGCCCCAGCCCAAGCGAGCGGCUGCGCCGGGAUAGAGACCGCAUACAGAAGCGAAUCAGCGCAGGAGGCAACCUGGCUACGUCGCCGAUACCCGAACGAUAG